UUAAGUUACGAAAUAAAUGGUACUAGAUACAUUCUACAAACAGUAUCAGAUCCAGCUAUUGAUUUAAUAAAAACUAUAUCUAGUAAUGAAGAGCAAACUGCAAUUAAUAUUACAGAUGAAACUCAAACAGAAAAAGAGGAAGAAUCAGUUUCUUUAGUUUGCUUAGAUGGACAAGUUUAUGCAUUUCAAAAUGGAGAGUUGCAGGAAUUAGAUUUCAGUCAAGUCAUAGAUCAAAAUGAACAACAAGAAAAAACAGUUUUAUUAUCUAAAGAUAUUGAUAAUUGUGAAGCUCAGUACAUUGCUAAUGAAGAUUUAGUAAUUAGAAACAUUGACGAACAAUCUCAGGAACAAUAUGAAGUUGUUAUGGGACAAAAUGAGAAGAAUUUCAUUGUGGAGAAGCAGAAUGUAAAUGCUAAUGAUUUUGUGGAAGUUGUAACAGCAUUCAAGUGUAAAAUAUGUACUUAUACAACUCAAGACAAAACACAAUUAUUACAGCAUUUUCAAAAAACACAUGUAAAUCCAAAAGUCGAUGUUGAAAUAAAAGAAGAAUUUAAAAAUACAGAUGAAGUAAAACUGUUGUAUAUGUGUGGAGAAUGCUCUAAUUGUUUUCCUUCCAUAGAAGAUUGUAAAGAACACAUGAUAAAUGAUCAUCAAUUAACAGAUACAGGUUCUAAUAAAGGUGGCAAAGAAAAUAUAACGGAUGAUUCAAAAGAUUCUGUUUUACUUGAUGAGUGUAUGGGACAGAGUGCUGAAAAUAAUGAUAUAAAACGUCAAGUAAAAAUUCAGAAACCUUUAAGUUCUGAGUAUAUGCUCAAUAAAAAAAUGAUUGAAUUGAUGGAAAGAAAUAUAAAAUGCUCAUACCGAGGAUGCCCUUACAAAUUUGCUACAGAGGAAACAAUGCAACAACAUGCUCUUUGUCAUACAGAAUCUCAAAGUGGUACAGCAUUUAAAUGUACUAUGUGUCGAGAUUUGAAAUUCACUAAAUGGAGACAGUGUAGCUUACAUUUAUGGAAAAAACAUCAAAUUGAUAUAGGUCUGUUUACUUGUAAAAUAUGUAAAGCAUACAAAAGCGCAACGAUGGUGAAGCUCUUGACUCAUAUGAGGGUGCACAGCGAGACACGAGAAUAUGAGUGUUCCGAAUGUGGUAAAUGUUUUAAACAAGCCAGCCAGUUGCGUAAUCAUAGAGUAAUGCACUUGGAUCGUAAGACACUAGAAGUAACGCGUUGGUAUACCUCAAAAAAAUGCGACAUGUGUGGAAAGACCUACGCAAACUCUAAAUGCCUGAAAAGCCACAUUCAAGCAGUGCAUUCGAAGUUGCGGCCAUAUGUUUGUAAUGUUUGUGGGCAUUCUAGUGCUAGGAAAGCAAUGUUACAAAUGCAUUUGCGUCAGCAUACAGGUGACAAACCCUUUAGCUGCGACCUUUGUGAAUAUAAGACAGGAGACCAUAACACGUUGCGUCGUCAUAUCAUGCAACACACGGGAUUCAGACCUUACAAAUGUCCUCACUGUUCUUAUACUGCAAUACAAAGUAGUAGUUACAAAAAUCAUUUGAAAUCCAGGCAUCCUCUGUUAUCUGGUUUAUUCACGUGUGAUUUAUGUCCAUUUAAAACUGUGAAAAAUGAAAGUUACAUGCAACAUGUUAGAGAUCAUGAAAAAGGAUUAAUCAAAACGAGCAUGCAGAAGAAAGAUGGUGAAAAUGUUGAAGUUUUUCCCGGUAAUAUAGCAGCGGCACAAUUGAUUUAUAGUUGUUUAGGAGCCUUCUCGAAAGUUGGCGAUACUUUAGAAGCGAAUUUAAUGUCUUCCUCAACGUCUGCGGACGGUACAUCACAAACGAUUACAAUACAAAUACCGUCGAAACACCUUGAAGGUUCACUGCCAACGAGAGAAAAUGGAACAAAAAAUAAUUCGACGAUAGAACAAGAAGAUGAGGAAACGAUGCAUUGUUUCUUGAAAAUUCCAAGAGAAGAAGAAGAAAGUAUAGAUACCGGAGGUAUAACUAUUCCAGCAGAACCCGAGGAAUCGGGUGCAACAACAAUUAAUGUGGAUACGUGAAAAUAUAAGAAGCUAAAUUGUCGAGAAAGAAUACUUCUAUACUUUUGGAAAUGACAGAAAUUUUAGACGUCGAAUGUAAAUGAAGAAAUGCUAGUCACGCGUUACUUAGAUGAUACAAAUUAACUUGUUUCUUUUUUGAUAGAAAAAAUCUAGAUCUAAUGUUUUAAUUUAAAAAAAAAAUACUAAUUGUGAUACUAUUUUUGAAAUUCUAUAUCGUAUUUGCGACGAAACUACUAAUAUUCCAAUUCUAUUUGAAAAAAAGAUAGAGUAAAUUUUUUAUGUUACUAUAUAAAGAAACAAAAAUGUAUAAAACCUUUAAUUACAUGAUAGCAUCAGUUAUUUCAGAAU